AUGCUGCCAGGUCGCUCCUCGCAUUUGUCAGGACACCUGCAACUCUUGCUCCUGACCUUGGCUGUCCUUGUGGUGGUAGCUCAGACUGCCCCAGAAGGAUGGCUCAGAAAGUGCUAUUACGGACUUGGAAAGUGCAGAAAGUCAUGCAGAGACAAUGAGAAGAAGAAAGGAAUAUGUAUGGGGAAACGGUCCUGUUGCAUCGACAAAGAAAAGGCUCACCUGUCACGAUAUGAGAACAAAGACAAAAGUGCUUCCAGUAACCUUAAUAUCGGACUUACUGCAGGCUAA